UCAAAGCUUAGAUGUUAUUCGUUCAGUCAGAAAUAUAAUUUUUAUGUAAUUUUCUCUAUUAGUGUAGACUUGAAUAAUUUGUUUAAUGAACAAGGAAUUAUAAAGAGAUUUAAACGAAAUGCGGAUACAAUGUAACUGCAAAUUGGCUUUAAUAAUUAAGUAACAUGUUUAUAAAUACAAUCAGUGCGUAAAAAUAAUAUUUUCAGUCUAUAUAUAUUUAUAUAUAUUUAAAAAAAUAGACACCCAAAUCCAUUUAUUGUAAAAUGCGUUGGCUUUUAUUAGGUACAUCACAAAAAAAACGUUAUAUUACACUAAUAUAAAAAUGGAAGAAAAAGAACCAUUAAUAAUUACACAAUCUGGAAGUAUAACUCAGCCAGUCAAAAGGCAAGGAGCUGAUUUUGAGAAAAAAACUAAGGAGGAAGUAUUUUCUUCAAGGUUCCAUGAAAACGAUGUCGAAGAAAGUCGGUGUAGUGACUAUAAACUUUAUCAAUUAAAAUGUAAAAACAACAAUGAAGAGUCGUCACUUGACAUUCAAAUUGCAGAAAGUUCUUCAAAAAAUAGUUCGAGAGAACUAAAACCUUACGAGUACGGAUUCCCAAAAGAUAAACAAAUUAUUAAUGAAAUAUCGGAUGAAUUAACGAACACCGAUGAAUAUAUUCAUAAGGUUCGGAAUUUAAAAAAAUCCGAGUGCAUAUUGAAUUUCGAUAAAUGUUCUGAAAUAAAUUUAACCGAUAAAAGUUUACAUGAAAACCUAAAUGUAGGUCCUAUGGAAAAAAUUGCCUUGGAUAAACAAGCAAUGUUUAUUAAAUUUCAGUCUCUGGAAUUGUGCGCUGAUAAAGUAUUUAGUUUACGCGUACAGGAAAACUUUUGUACUGAUAUUCAUAAAUGCGUAGUAGAUUCAAAACAAAUUGAAAAGUGCUUGGGCUUGGAUUAUAAAAACAUCGAAAGGUAUGCUUGUAACGUUUCUAAUGGACCACGUCAAAAUAAUACUACAUCAAAACCUUUAAUCGUAAAUGAGAGUCGUCCUAUUUACCCCAAUGUGCCGUAUAGCCCUUAUAGUACUCCAUUCAGUAGUCCUCGAUCUAGUCGACGGAAACCAGCUUUUCGGGAGUCUAGAAGGAUAUCGAUAGAUAAAUCUGGAAGUUUUCUUCAGUUAAAUCAAUAUAGAUUAAUGGAACAAAUUGGACAGGGUUCCUACGGGCUCGUUAAAUUAGCUUAUUCCGAAGAAGAUUCAACUCAUUAUGCAAUGAAAAUUCUUUCAAAAAAGCGCCUGCUACGACAAGCUGGAUUUAUGAGGCGAGGACCUCGAAAAGCAACAUCACCUUUAGAUCGAGUUUACAGAGAAAUAGCAGUUUUAAAAAAACUCGAUCAUCCAAACGUCGUGAAGUUGGUAGAAGUGUUGGAUGACCCACUUGAGGAUUCUUUGUAUAUGGUUUUUGAAUUGGUAAAGCAAGGUGAAGUUUUAAGGAUUCCAACAGAUAAUCCCUUGUCUGAAAAAAGAGCUUGGAGUAUAUUUCGGGACUCUUUACUUGGAUUGGAAUAUUUGCACCAUCAAAAAAUUAUCCAUGCCGACAUAAAGCCUGGAAAUUUAUUAUUAACCGAAUUUGGACAUGUAAAAAUAGCUGAUCUUGGGGUAUGCAAUGAGUUCCUUGGAGAAGACGCAACAAUAAGUAAUGGAUCAACGGCUGGAACUCCAGCUUUUAGGGCUCCAGAAACUCUAAUCCCUGGACAGAACCAAUAUUGUGGAAGGGCGGCAGAUGUCUGGGCCUUAGGUGCAACUCUGUAUUCCUUGAUAUUCGGAAAUGUACCGUUUUUGGCAGAUUCAGUGCCCUUACUGUAUGAAAAAAUUAAACAAGAUUCUGUCAAAUUUCCAGAAAACCAUAAAGUAACUGAAAUUUUAAAAAGUUGCAUAGUUCAAAUGUUGGAAAAAAAUGCGACGCACAGAAUUACGAUUCCCCAGUUAAAGACUAAUAAUUGGGUAACUUCUGGUGGGUACUGUCCCUUGCCUACCGAAGAAGAAAAUUGUUGUUUGGUACAAGUAGACGACGAAGACAUAAACUCCGUCGUGCGCAGCAUUCCUAAAUUAGACACACUUAUAUUAAUAAAAACGAUGUUAAAAAAGCAUUCAUUUGGCAAUCCAUUUGUAAAAGGAUGUUCUGGAAAAUCAGCAACACUUACGGGGUGCUCAAGGAUAGAACGGUUUAUCCGCGCAGGUCGAUCUAAUUCAGCGCCUGGUUCAUAUCGGAUGACAACAGCCAGACAGCCUUCGUCAGAUACUCUCCUGCCAUCACUUAAGGAACAUUGCUCUUCUCAAUGUAAUGAAGGCAUUCAUAAUUUUGAUUAUUAGAACCGGCUAACUAUUACAAGGAAUUUUCCAGCUUAUAAAGAACCAGUAAUUCAUAUAAACUUCUUGUAUAGUCAAGUUUUACUUCUUUUCAAUUUGACACUUUCCAAAAGCCAAACACUUAUAAGAAAUAUUUAUUUUUAUUAUUGUCAGUUUAAGUUCAGAUUACGUAUAAAUUUCAUUGUGAUAAAAAUAAAUGUAGAAUAUUA